CAACCUUUAAUCACCGUUUAUAAUCCGUUCACAGGCAAAAGUAACAUCCUCAAGCUGCUGCUUAAUCAAUAUUUGCCUUAUCAUACGUUAUAUUUUAUUAACGCCUUGUUUACGGUGAGUUUGUCGUGUUGCCGGUGUAGCACGUGAUCCGCCGUCGGGUGGCUUUAUAUCGAAGCAGUCCUCUCCAACCAGAACCCGGCGUGUCUACGACGGUCUGCGAGUGUAGCAAGACAAGUCUGCAGUGACCUGUGCCCGACUUGGAAGCAAAGUCCUGUCAUCAUGGCAUUGUCUGGAGUGAGAGUUAUCGAGCUGGCGGGCCUGGCUCCAGCUCCGUUCUGUGGCGUGAUCCUGGCGGACUUUGGAGCCAAGGUGAUCCGUGUGGACCGCACCAAGGUGGCCAUGUCUUUGGACACACAAGGGCGGGGGAAACGAUCUGUGGCCAUCAACCUGAAGAAGUCAGAGGGUGUAGCUCUGCUCAGGAAGCUCUGUGUCCAGUCUGAUGUGGUCCUCGAGCCAUACCGUAAAGGUGUGAUGGAGAAGCUGGGCCUCGGCCCACAGGAGCUGUUAAAGGAAAAUCCUCGUCUGAUCUACGCUCGGUUGACGGGGUACGGACAGAGUGGAUCCUUGGCCACUGCAGCUGGACAUGACAUCAACUUCCUCGCCAUGUCGGGCCUUUUGUCCCGGCUUGGUCGUAGCGGAGAGAAGCCCUACGCCCCGUUGAAUCUGAUUGCCGACUUUGCAGGAGGUGGUCUUACCUGUGCUCUGGGGAUAGUCCUAGCUCUGCUGGAGAGGACAAAGUCAGGGAAAGGACAGAUCAUUGAUGCCAGCAUGGUAGAAGGAGCAGCAUAUGUAGGUUCAUUUGCAUGGAAAUCUCGUAGCAUUGGUAUGUGGGAUCGUCCCAGAGGACAAAACAUGUUGGACAGUGGAGCGCCUUUCUACGAUACCUACGAGACUGCAGAUGGAGAGUACAUGGCUGUAGGAGCCAUAGAACCACAGUUCUACAGAGAACUACUUAAGGGCUUAGAGUUGGAUGCUGCAGACUUACCUCCUCAGAUGAGCUUCACCGAUUGGCCAGAGCUAAGACGGAUCUUCACAGAGCGUUUUGCUUCAAAAACUCAGGCGGAUUGGUCAAGGAUUUUUGUUGGGACUGAUGCCUGUGUUACACCUGUGUUGUCUUUCGACCAGGUGAGCUCACACCCACAUAACCAGGAAAGAGCCUCUUUCCUUAAGGACUCCAGCGGGGAAGAAAGUCCCCGGCCAGCCCCAAUUCUUUCUAGGACUCCUGCGGAGCCUUGCCUUACCUCCGACCCUGUUAUUGGAGAACACACAGUGGAGGUCCUAAAUGAGUACGGCUUUACAUCUGCAGAGGUAGACCAGAUGCUGACAGCAGGGGUUGUAGAGUGUAAUGUAGUCAAAGCAAAGUUGUAGACAUAAUUGAUAUUAGGGAUUGAUUUUUGACCAAAAAUCAAAUUGAGUGAUUUGUUAAGACCUGCACAUUCAAAUUAUGUCUAACACGGCAGUUUAAGAAUCACAACAGGAAGGGAAUAAAUAGCUUUUUUGAUUACUUGUAAAUUAAAACUGAGAAGCAAAGCAAAGUACAAAUGUGUCAGAAAAGCAUUAUCUCCAUCUCCGUUCUCUUGGAGCCAAGGAACCUGAUGCACGAUGUUAAAGAAUUUACAUAUCACUCUGGCCUUAAGCGUAGACGAGCCUUUGACAAGAUGAAAGGCCAUCCUGUGCACUCGCAGGGCACAUAAAUGCAGUUCAGGCUUAUCAAUAGGUCAUAGUUGUCAAUUUGAAUUGCUGCCUCCUCUUUUUUACUAUCUGUUCUGUCCUCAGACUUUCUUAUUUUGACAGUAAAACAGUGUUAGGAAAAGAUGUGCUCAGUUUUCCAGGUUUCUGUGUACCAAAAGAAGUUUGCAUGCACAGACUGAUAAAUCAGCAGCACCAAAAAUAUCUUCCUUUUUGAAUUUAACUUCUUAAGAAGGUUUUGUUUUUGAUGAACUAUAUGACCCGAAUACUAACAAUUAUUAGAUAAAUUCCAGUCUGGCUGUUGGACCAACUGAAGCACUUAAACCACAAGAUUAAAGGUAUUUUCAAUUAAUUCAAACAAUUUGGCUGUUUUAUUUUUUUUUUCGAUUUGAGUGCUGCAUUCAAUACAGUUAAUCGUGGAAUUUAUAUCUAUCAGUGUAUAAGAAAUGGGUAGGUUUCUGGCACAUUGCUUGACUGGACUAAUGAAAAGUAUUAGUUUAGAAGAUUUUGUGACUCAGACAUUUGACGCACCCACACAGGAAGUGCAUACAGCAUACAAACAGCUGUGGAUGACAGAUACCUCUCAGCCAGAGAGCAGACUCAGCCUCACUGGCAUUAUGGCCUUAAUCACCCACUGAUGUGUAUGGAGUCAUGUCUAGUGGAUCAAGAAUUUAUAUCAAACUGACAAAGGGAGGCACUGAUGUGAUUUUGGAGAGCUGUAGGUGGGAGUGUCUUUGCUAAGUAACGCUGUUUUCACAGCGUGUCUGACUGUCUGUGCUGAGACUGGGUUUGAAUAGUUGGAGGAGCAAAGGCAGUGUUUGUGCCAGAAUGACACUGAUUUGUACCUUCACUCGUCUCUUGUGUCCUCGCUGAUCAUUUUGGCAGAAAAGAUGUCAAAAGGAGCCAUGAAAUUACAAGAAAGGUGCAGAUGGGGAAUCAUUACCACUUCAUUGAUGCAACGUCCUUUCAUUUGAUUAGGUUUUUUUGUGAAAGAGACGAGAACUGGCAUGUAUUGCAGUCUGAUGAUGGGCCCACUCUCGGAGAUAAUCGGACGGAUUUUAGGUCUGAUUCACCCAUCUCGACAAUUGCGGGGGUGUUCACAAUUCGGGCCAGUCUGACCAGAUUAUCUGCCCAAAUGAUCCUGUAGUCUGAAGGGUUUAAGGACAUAAUCUUAAUGUUACCGACUGGAACAGAGUCUCCUCGAUUUUGAAUCUUUUGUGCCCUUACAUCCUGUAGUGUGAAAGGAACAUUGAUGGAAUAUUAAGCAGAAAGAUGAAAUAGCCAAUCAGAGCGAGCUGUAAGUAUCACCAAAGUUGCGUAUAGGCCCCGGUAG